AUGGGUAUCCAACGUGGAAGCCCGGCAGCACACGCUGGUUCCUCCAGUACUAUCAAUCCUUUGGUGCAGGAGUUCGGAUCCCUUCAAGUCCUCGAUGACUUGAUUCGCUUACGAGCUGCUGAUGUUGUUCAAUGUCCUAUUCUUGCCUAUCCACGUUUCGAUAGUGAUGCAGCUUCCUAUGAGUACUAUACCGGGAAACAGUUGGAUUCCAUGAUAAACCAAGCUGCCAUUAUGCUCAUGGGUGAUGGGUUCAAACAGACAACGCAAAGUUCGUCCAUCGUGGCACUCCUCACGUUGUCAGAUCUUAACAUGGUGACCACCUUUUUUGCCCUAAGUCGACUAGGCUAUACCGUUAUGAUGCUCUCACCAAGACUCUCGGGUGAAGCCUGCGUGUCGUUGCUAGAAACAGUCAACUGCGAUUCAAUCAUAUAUGGCCAAUCCCCCAACAUCCGCUCAACAUUGGGCGAGAUCCUUCGCCGGAGGCUAGUGACCUGCCGCCCAAUGCUUCCAUGUGCUUCGUACGACAAGCUACACUCGCCAUCGCUUGCUGUGCAGCGCAAUAGAAAUCCUGACAGAACCGCUCUAAUUCUUCAUUCCUCGGGAUCAACAGGCACCCCAAAGCCGCUCUUCCUCACACACAGAGCAAUCAUGACUCACCCACUGAGAGGUCCUGGUUUCACUUCAUUUAAUACCCUGCCAUGGUAUCACCUCCAUGGGCUGUCCACCGCAUUGCAGGCAAUGUGGAUGAGAAAGACAGCAUAUAUGUGGAAUGCCACACUACCUUUGACUGCAGAGCUUGUUGCCAGCGCCCUCGAAGAAGCAAAACCAGAGUCUGUGGCAGCGGUUCCAUAUAUGCUCCAGAUUUUGAUUGAUGACCCCCGCGGCAUCACAGCCCUAAGGCAAUGCAAGUUGGUUACCUACGGAGGUGCUCCCUGUCCCGACGAGCUGGGCGAUCGCCUAGUAAGCGAAGGAGUACAUUUCGGAGGUUCAUUCGGCCUCACCGAGGCUGGCCUCGUUGCCGAAUCAAUCUCACGACCAAAGGGUGACCCUUAUUGGAAUUAUCUGAAAUUCUUCGACAAUAUCCGAUCAUAUGUCUGGAUGAAGCCCAUACCUGAAUCAGAGUCACUUUUUGAGUGCGUUUAUCUUGCUGGCCAUCCAGCACUAACAACCUCGAAUUCAAAUGAGCCGCCAGGGUCCUUCCAUUCGAAAGACGUAUUCAUCCCUCAUCCUACUAUUUCGGAAAGGUGGAAAUAUAUCUCGCGAUUGGACGAUCGAAUCAAUCUAGUGAAUGGUGAAAAGGUUUUACCACUCCCGAUUGAAGGUCACAUCAAACAACACCCUUUUAUCCAUGAUGCAGUUGUCGUCGGGGUAGGCAAAGCUGCCCCAGGACUAUUGAUUUUGCGAGCGGACGAACCUGAAGCCAACCGUCUCUCAGAUGAUGAAUACCUCCACGCAAUCUGGCCGACGAUCCAAGAAGCCAAUUCUCAGGCAGAGAGUUUCUCUCAAAUAGCUCGCAAUCUGGUUGCUAUUUUGCCAUAUGACGCCAGGUUUGCUCGGACGGACAAAGGAUCCAUGAUCCGAGCCCAGGUCUAUCAAGAAUAUGCCGAACUCAUCGAAGGUCUUUAUGCCGAGAAGGAACAGAUCCAUGGCAAUCUUCAGCUUAACGUUGUGGAGACAGAGCGCAUUCUUCUUCUACUAGCUCAGCAAGAACUUGGGAUACCUAUCUCUGGUGUUGACGCCAAUUUCUUCUCCGAGGGUGUUGAUAGCCUCAUGGCAAUCCAUUUCCGACGUCUGAUUCUCCAGAAUUUCAAGUUUGAAAAGAGCCAGAUUCCUGGUCCGAAUGUCAUAUUUGAAGCCGGCUGUAUAUCACAGUUGGCUCGACAAAUCUAUGCUUUACAAAAGGGGGAGAUGUUUGAAGAUACAAAGAGCGAUGUAUCUGUGAUGGCUGGAUUGGUCGAGAGGUACUCCGUAUUUACGAGGCACAUUCCCCAGCCACAUGCUUUCUCGGGGCCGAAGAGUGUGCUCUUAACAGGAGCCACCGGAUCAAUCGGUGUCCAUGUCUUGUACGAGCUGCUCAACGAUGACUCCAUAUCCACGGUGUACUGUCUCACGCGCCGAGAAUCACCACUGGAAGCAGUACUCAGCACUCUAGCCGACAAAGACCUUUUCAUAUCCCCCGAACAGAUAACAAAGAUCGUCGCCUUGAACAGCCGUAUCGAUCAGCCCAAUUUUGGUCUAUCUCUGGAUGAAAGUACAAUCACACACAUGCUCGACACGGUCUCACUCAUUAUUCACACAGCAUGGCCUGUGAACUUCAAUCUCCCCCUGACCGAGUUCGAGCCACACAUUCAGGGACUAUACAAUCUGAUUCAAUUCUCUUUAUCUGUGCAGAGACGCGAGCCUGCUAUCAUGAUGUUCUGCUCGUCAGUCUCGACUGCUCUCGCAUCUCGAUCAACCGAGAUCCUCGAAGAAUCCGUUGACUUGGACUGCGCCUUUAUGGGCUACGGGCAGUCGAAGUUGGUUGGGGAGCGGAUUGUCAGUAAUGCACGACGCAGUGGAGCAAGGGCUUAUUCUCUUCGAAUUGGCCAGGUCUCUGGUCACUCGAAGAAGGGCCUCUGGAAUGACUCCGAAGCUCUGCCGUUGAUGAUCCGGUCAGCACUUACAUUGGGUGUACUACCUCAGCUAUCGCAGACAUGUUCUUGGCUGCCGGUGGAUAAACUCGCAUGUACUAUUCUUGAACUAGCCAGCACUUGUGCUUCCCCGAUUGUGUUUGGGGAAGCUCAGGCGUCCAGCUCGGCUGCAGUUGAGUAUGUUGAUGACUCGAUUUUCAAUUUGUGUAAUUCUCGCGAAUUCACUUGGUUGUCUUUGCUUUACAAGCUAAAGGAUUCUGGUUUCAGUUUUGACAUUGUGCCCUUUGAAGAGUGGUUGGUGAGACUUCGGAUGAGUGAGGCGAGGGGCGAGGAACAGGUCAAUCCGGCAGUCAAACUCAUUCAUCAUUAUGAGACUAUGCAUGGGAAGAAAUCAUUUUCUUUGCAGAACGAGGCAAAAGUUUUCAAUACAGAGAAAGCAGAGAGGAGUAGUUUGACGUUACGAAAUGGCCGAUUGGGAAUUAUUGAAGACGGAAUUUUGGAGUGCUAUGCUCAAGAUUGGUUGGCGAGAUGGACCUCCUAG